ACCUCAACAAAACAUGAACACCAGGCUAAAGAUGGAAAAGUGACAACAGAAAAGGACCAUAAUGCUGAACCCAUUGCAGAAGAAACCAGUGUAAGUGAACCAGAGCCAGAGAAUGAGGUGGCCAAGGCAGAUCAGAAAGUAAAAGGAGUCAAGAGAGCAGAAGCAAAGGAGGAGAGCAGCACCAGUGAACCAGAACCAGAGGCUGAAUAUUCAACACCUGAGCCAGAGGCAGAGCAUAGUGGGGAUGGGCAGACCACAACAAUUUCACCAGAAUCCACAGACACCAUUCCUCCCAGGUUUAAGAGGCAACUCGUUCAGCGGGAAGGGUAA